AAAUACGCCUCGAAUAUGAGCGUGAGAUUGUAUUAUUGAGCAUUGUUUUGUUCUGCGAAAUCAUGUAAGCAUUGGUUUAAUUUAAAUGCGCGCGGCAGUGUCCUCAUACUUCGAUUCAAACCAUACAAAUUGUCGGCUAAACUGAUUCUCGAAAAAAGGCCCCGAUACGUUUAGGAAUUGUGAAAAUUGCGGAAAAUUCCAUUUCAACCGACUCCCAGAAAGCUCAAAAGCGAAAAUUUCGACAACGGACAUUUGAACGAGGCGGCGGGAUGGCGGUCGAACUGCCUCGUUGAUAAACCGGAGAAGGCCAGUGGCGAACCAAGAGAAGCAAGGAAAGUAAAAGAUGUUGGAGGGAUGAACGUGACCAGCCUCUCUUGCGUCUACAGCUUCUCCCCUUCUCAUUCUCGACUCGAAACGACCGACAAAAUGGAACCGAGCCUCUCCAACGACAAACCGCCGACUGUGUAGCGUCCAGCCUUAUUAUUAUUAAAACUUCCCUUUUUUCAACUACAAUCUACGCCUGAAAACUUUUCAAGGCUAAGCUAAACAAAAUGUCUACAACACAGUAUGGAAUUCGUGUUACAAACAACCGAUUUGAGCUAUCGGAUCUUGAUGAUGAGGAUCCUUUGGAGAUUCUGAAAAUGCGAGAAAAAGAGCUUGAGGCCAGAAAAAAGACUAAAUUGGCCGAAAAAGAAAACAAAAGUAAAGAGGCCACUCAUGUCAAACCAAACAAACCGGUGAAUAAGAAUGUAAAACAGAACCACAGUAAUGCUGAUAACCACAAAGGGAAGGAAGAUGCCUUCACCAAGCCUCAAGGUGAAAGGUCGGAACGCAAAUUUACAGGUGAAAAUCGCAGCGAUGAGAGGGCUAAUACGGGUCGUAACAACUACGAGGAACGCCAGACAGACCUCAACAACAAAGAUGAAAAGAACGAUCGAUUUGAAAAGAAGGAUAAUCGUUCAGAUUGGACCAACUCUGGUGGAGACGGCGGCUUUGAAACUAAGCAGCGCUCGGGUAGAGGUGGUCGUGGUGGUGGAAGCACUUUCGUCCGUGGAGGCAGGGGUCGCCCAGGCCCCCGCCAAAAUUUUGAUCCUUCAAAAGGCAAAAGAGAUUUUGACAGACAAUCCGGAUCAGAAAAGACUGGAAUCAAAUCCACGGACAAAAAGGACGGUGGUGGUUCACGCAACUGGGGCAACCCAAAAGAGGAUUUGGAAGAAUCGACCAACCCAACAACGACGGGCGCCGAAGAUGAUGAGUGGAAUCCUUUGGGUUGGGAGAAACAGGUUGAAGAGACCAAUACCAAAAAUACUGCAGAGACCGCUGAAGAAGUCACCACCACUCCUGUUAUCGAAGAGCAACCGGAAACACGUGAACUCACCCUAGAUGAAUGGAAAGCAUUGAAAGGACCUAGGCAAACCCCAAGCUUCAACAUUCGCAAAGCCGGUGAAGGAGAGGAUCUGUCACAAUGGAAGAAAAUGUAUGCGCUCCGAAAAAAGAAAGAAGGCGAAGAAGAGGAAGAUGAUGAUGAAUACGAGUUCGAUAGUAGCGAAUACCCACAGAGAGUAGGCCGUCAGAAACACGUAUUGGACAUUGACAUACAUUUUAAGGACAUGCGAGGACCUAUUCGUGGUCGAGGUGGUCGCAGCACUCGUGGAAGUAACAGGCAGUAUCAAGGCAAUUCUCUUCACAAUGCUAGUCAUGAUUUGGUUCCUAAAAUAGCUCCAAAAGUCGAUGAUGAACAUGAUUUCCCGUCUCUACGUUGAAUUCUGCUAGUCCGAUGUAACUACUUGAUUCUUUUUUGUUGUUGUUGUGCAAUAAUAAAAGGAAAAUGAGCAUUUUCAAAACAACUCUUAACUAAUUGAAAGUUUCACAGUUUUCAUUGUUUUUAAUAUUCUCAAUUUUUUUAAAACUUGAUUCUUUUUAGUAGAGAUUCCUGGGGUGUGUCCACUUUCUAAUUUUCUGUUUAUAUUUAAGUUUAUAUUACGGACAUUAACCUUUGUUUGUACUUAGUAUUAUUGAUGCAGAAUUGCUCUUAUUAAGCUUUAAGGUCUGAACUGAUAAUCUUAUGAUAUUAAAAAAUUUGUUUUUCUAAGAUGUUUUCACUUUUAUUUGUGCAGUCUGUAUAGCAUUUAACAAUGCUUUAUAAUAUUUUAUUAGCCAGCAUACCCGUGUUUGUCUCUUGCGUCUUUUCAGAUUCAGUUUGUUUUAUUAAACGCUAAAAUAAAAAACACAUCUUUUGCUAA